UUGAAGCUUGCAGUUCAAACAACCAUCUUCCACUUAUGAAAACAAAGAAAUAAUCUGAUUCACAAUCAGGUUUCACUCUCUGCUGCUGUGGUGUUUGCCGGUAUUGACAAGGAAAUGAGGAAUAUCAUCUCAGCUAGGAAAAAUAGGAAAGGUUUUAGUUCUAUGAUGGUCAUGUGGCUGAGUUGAUUUUAUUGUUGUUUUCCUUGAUCCAACUUGUUUUUUAAUUUCUUUUUUGCCAAGUUGGUUUCGAACUCUAGAGCUUUGUAUAAGUCUUUUGUUCAUAUAUGAUAUUUACGUUUUAGCAAAAAAAAAAAAUAAUAAUCUCGAUAAAAAAAAAAUGUUUCUCGAUCCUACUACUCCGACCACACAAAAAAAGAUGGGCCGACACCAUAAAGGCCCAUAUAAUAAAGAUGGGCUUAUUAAGCGGAAGUCAGGUAACGAUAUUAACUAGAUCUUCUCCGUUUGUGAACAUUUGAAAUUUUAAAAACUCUUUCCCCUUUCUCCUCCAACGGCUCCCUUUCUCAAUCCCUAACUUUUGCUUCCUCUCUCCUCUCAUUUUCUUUCUCUCUCUCUAGAUUAAUCGAUUUCUUGGUGAAAGUUUCUGUUUGAAGAUUCUGCAUUUCAAAUCAGGUGGUAACAGCGAGAGUGUUUUUUUUUUAACCUUAAAACGAUGGAGAAGGUGUACGAGGAGCUAGAAGAAGUCAAAUCCGAGAACGAGAAGCUAAGAGGAGACUUCAGAAGCAAAGCAGAGCUUCUCGACAAUCUAAAGAAGGUUCAGAACAAGCAGUUGGUAGAGAUUCAACAUGCGAGGUCAGUGAUCGAGAAGCAAAGUUUCGAAUCCGAGGAGAAGAGUAGAGAGAUCUCCGAGCUGAAGCGGGCCAACGAGGAUCUGGAGCGUUGUCUGAGAGAAAAGGAUUCGGUUCUGAAGCGUUUGAGUGAGGCUAAUGAUAAGCUUAGAGCUGACUGGGAAGAGAAGGACCGUGGAUUUGAAGACGAGAGGAGGAAGCUGGUGUUGGCUUUGGAUGAAGCGAGCGAGAAAAACAUUGACUUGGAGCAGAAGAGGAAUGUUUAUAGAGCUGAGAUUGAGGGGCUGAAGGGGAGUUUAGCGUUAGCGGAGAAGAAGAAGAUGGAAGCUGAGAGAACCGUUAGAGAUUUGAAAGAAGCGAGAGGGAGAGAUGACGUGGCGGUUAAAAUGGAAGAGGAGAAGAGUAAGGUGGAGGAGAAGCUGAAAUGGAAGAAGGAGCAGUUUAAGCAUCUCGAGGAAGCUUAUGAGAAGCUUGAUAAUACGUUCAAAGGUUGCAAGAAAGAGUGGGAGGGAGAGAGAUCGACGCUUGUAGAUGAAAUAUACUCUCUUCAGAGCAAGCUGGAUUCGCAGACGAGAAUCUCAGAGGAUCUUGAGAAGAAGCUAAAGAUGUGUAACGGUUUGCUGACUCAAGAAGAGACGAGAAGAAAGCGUCUCGAGAUCCAGGUUUCUGAGCUUAAGGCUAAGUACGAAGACGCCUUUGCGGAGUACCGAGACGCGAGAAGGGAGCUGGAUGAUUUGGGUGGCAAAAGAGACGAGGAAGUUGCGGAGUUGAGACACUCCUUGGGUAAAAAAGAGGCGUAUUUCAAGGAGAUGAAGUACGAGAACGGUAAACUUGAACAGGAGAACCGCGAGCUGCUGGCUUCGUUGAGAGAGCUACAAGAAGCUACGAUCCAGGGAUCGGGAAGCUCUGCACUAUCAAAGCUGAAAAACAAGUUUAGGAACCUGGAGAACACGCACAAGAACUGUUCAGCUAAUCUAAGGAGUAAAGAAUCUGAAUGGAGUUCUCAACUGAAGAAGAUGGCUGAAGAGAUGAAUGAUUAUAAGUUGCAGCUGAGAAGCAAGGAUGCGGCAGUGAAUGAGCUUGAGUUGGAGCUUGAAAACUUUCAUUCCUCGGCAGAUAAAAUGAGGCUACAGUAUGAAGAGGUCUCGGUUAUGUUCUUGGUGUUAAGUAGGGCAGUGUCUGAGGCUCAGUCAAGGCUUGUGAAUGUCACAGAUGAACAUACCAAAGAUGAGAGAAGCAAAGAGAAAAGGUAUUCUCUAUUGAUUGAGCAGCUAGAGCAAAAGAAUGUUGCGCUGGCCAAGGCGCGUGAGGAGACUGAAGCAGAACGUGAAAGGGUUGCCUGCUUGCUGAAAAGAAUUGAAACGCUGGAUCAUUUUGAAGAAGAGAAUCUUCAGAUGCAGAAGGAGGUAGAGAGGUACAAACAAACAGUUGAGGAGUCAUCUAAACUCCAAACUCAGAUGAAAGAGAAACUGAAAGAGGCUGAAAUCGACUUCGAAGAGAAGCUUCUGCAAGUCUGCGAUGCACUUGACAACACAAACUCGGACCUCGUUGCAGAACGUGAGAAAGUCAUGAAUUUAACAAGGCAGGUUGAGUCCUUUAGUAUUGUCAAAGAGAAGGUUGUAGCGAUGGAAAACGAAGUUCAGAAGCAAAAGGAGAUGCUGGAGGAAUCAGAGAAGCAUCGGUUGAUUGUAGAGGAGCAGAUUACGCAGCUUGAAAGUGAUUCCAAGGAGAAUAUUAGAGAGCUCUGCAGCAAGGUGGACACUGCAUAUGCAAAGUUAGCAGAAGAGGUUGAGAAGAAUGUCUCAUUGAUAAGAAACGAAGAGCAGAGACAAAGAGAGCUUGAAAGUUACAAGGAGAAGCUUGAGAAGUCGACUAAAAGUCAAAUUCUAUUACAAGAGAAUGUUGUAGAGAUGGAAAGCCACUCGAAAAGGAAACUUGCUGAAGUUUCCGAGGCCUUAGAAGCAGCAAACUGUGAACUGUCUGAUAAAACAUCUGAAGCGUACCAGCUUGAGUUCCAGUUAUGGGUCUGGAAAUCUAUUGCUAAAAGGCUGAAAGUGGAACUCGAGGAAAACCAGAGCCUGCGCAAAAGAGUGGAAGCUUCUCUUCUUGAACAGGUUACAGUUGGAGAAGCCGUGAUGCAAGAGAAAAAUGAGCUGGUGCAUAAACUAAACGCUAUCACCUCUGAAAGUUCCAAGACAGCUGCUAUGUCUGAUACAGAGAAAGAAAUCCUUAUAAAGAUCAUGAGGGAGAAGGACAAGAACUUGGAAGAGGUCCAGAGAGAGGUAGAGCUGUCUCAACAAGAAUCACUUACAAGGGAACUUGAGGGUGCUGUUUUGGCGCAUAUAACUGCAGAGAGGGUGUUGCAGAACGAGAGAGAUGAAUUAAAGUCUGUAUCUUUGCUUCUGGAACAGAAGCAAAACGAGGCUACUGUGGUUUACAAAGCAUGGGAGAAACUGGCUGCAAGUAAGAUUCUUACAGAGGUAGAAACCGAGGCGAAGAAGCUGAUGAUUAUAGAACUCGAAGAGGAAAUCUCUAGUGUUAGCCAGAAGCUAGAAAGAUCCGAUGAGUAUGUUUCUUGUUUCAGAGCAGAAGUGGAGUCGUCUAAGCAGGGAGAGUUAAGAGAAGUAACCACGCAGAUGCAGGAAAAGCUAAGAACUUCAGAAGCGGACAAGAGAGAGUUAGUUAAACAAGUCGCAUGUUUGUCAUCAGAAAGACAAAAUCUUCUCUGUUUUAUCAGCGAACUGGAGAAUGGAAUGUCGAAGCAGUGUGAUGAAGACACGAAGCUGUUGAAGGCUUUGGAGAAAACAGUCCAACGUUGUGAUGGAAUUGGUAAAGAGAACAACAAUGUUGGUUCUCCAAGAUUGGUAAUGAAGCAUGAAGAUGUUGGGGUUGAAGACAGAUCACCGUUUAGACAACUUAACCAUUAGACUUAGUAGUUUGAUUCCAUUCCACAAAGACACAAUGUUUUUUUAGUUGUUUUAUUCGCAGUAAAACUUGUUUUUCAUGUUUUAUCUAAGGAAACCCUCUUGCUUAACAGAGGUUUCUCUCAUUGUAUAAUAAACAAAUGUACUAUGGUUUGUUUAUUAAUCAUUUAUUUUUCUUUAA